AUGGCAGCCAUUGACUCAAACCCAAACAUCUCUCUGCAUAUACGCUCUAAUAGCUUUCCUAGUGCACCUCACCCCCUUGUAUCACAAUUUGAGGAGCACCUGAACAGAUUGAAGUCUUCUGAUUCUGCCUCUUCUUCAUCCUCUUUAAGCCACAAACUCAGUGGCUUGCAGGAUUUACAGGACUCUUCUGACAAGUUGCUUCAACUGUCAACCACCCAACAAGUCUUAGCAAAAGAUUGCAGCCAAAAGUGGGUUGAUGAACUACUAGAUGGGUCUCUAAGGCUCUUGGAUAUCUGUAGUACCGCUAAAGAUUGUCUUAUGCGGUCAAAGGAGUCCGUGUAUGAAAUUCAGUCAACCAUUAGAAGAAGAGGAGCUGAAGCUGCAUCCACAGAUGGGGCUGGAAAUUAUUUGGCUUCCAGGAAGAAUGUGAAAAAAGCAAUUCAAAAGGCCUUAGGAAAUAUCAAAGGAUUAAGAAAUUACCCUAUAGUUUCUUCUGCAAACAAAGAAAAUGACAUGCUUAGCUUGUUGAAAGAAGCAGAAGCAGCCACCAUGAGCACAUUAGAAUCUUUACUGUACUUCAUCUCCGAUCCAAAGGGACAAUCAAAACGAAGCAAAUGGUCUGCAAUUUCCCAGUUGAUGAAGCCAAAAAGAGUAGCUUGUGACUCUCAAGAAAUUGGCACAAAUGAAUUUGAGAAGGUAGAUGCAGCUUUGAAGUCUCUCAUUAGUCAAAAGCAUCCGUCCACCCACAAUUUUGAAGGCGAUUUAGAAAAUCUGGAGAUGUGCAUUCAAGAUCUAACAAUAGGAGUUGAAUGCCUUUCAAGGAAACUUAUCAAAACCAGAGUUUCCCUUCUCAGCAUCUUCAAUAACUAG